AUGCGGUCGCAGAGUAAUGUCCGCAUGAUCAACGAGGAGGGCAACGACGAGGCGGAGUACUCGGAGGAUGAGUUUGAGGAGAUGAACCUGUCUCUGCUGUCGGCCCGUAACUUCCCCCGUAAAGCCAGCCAGACCUCCAUCUUUCUCCAGGAGUGGGACAUCCCCUUCGAACAGCUAGAGAUAGGGGAGCUCAUCGGGAAAGGUCGCUUCGGCCAAGUGUUCCACGGGCGCUGGCAUGGCGAGGUGGCCAUCCGCCUCAUCGACAUCGAGCGUGACAAUGAGGACCAGCUCAAGGCCUUCAAGAGGGAGGUGAUGGCCUACCGAAACACUCGGCAUGAGAAUGUGGUCCUCUUCAUGGGUGCCUGCAUGAGCCCUCCACACCUGGCCAUCAUCACCAGCUUGUGUAAGGGAAGGACUCUAUAUUCGGUGGUGAGGGAUGCCAAAGUCAUCCUGGAUGUCAACAAGACCAGACAGAUCGCCCAGGAGAUGGUUAAGGGGAUGGGCUAUCUCCAUGCCAAGGGGAUCCUACACAAGGAUAUGAAGUCCAAGAAUGUCUUCUACGACAAUGGCAAAGUGGUCAUCACCGACUUCGGACUUUUCACCAUAUCUGGGGUUCUGCAAGCUGGCAGCCGUAGAGAGGACAAACUGAGAAUCCCCAGUGGAUGGCUUUGUCACCUGGCCCCUGAAAUAGUCUCUCAGCUCUCCCCUGAAACAGAGGAGGACAAGCUGCCUUUCUCCAAACAGUCAGAUGUCUUUGCUUUCGGCACUAUCUGGUACGAGUUGCAUGCACGUGAGUGGCCUUACAAGAACCAGCCAGCAGAGGUUAUCAUCUGGCAGGUGGGCAGUGGGAUGAAGCCCAACCUCACACAGAUCGGCAUGGGCAAAGAGAUAUCGGUGUUCAUGAAUGAGCAUCUUAAUUCCGGAAUGUUCUUAGAAUAA